CCUUGUUUGUAUCUGUGUCUACACUCUGUCAUCGCUGCCUCUUUAUUGUAUGUACGUGUCGUGCAUAUGGUGUGGUGUGAACUUAUAUCUGUGCUGUGUCUCUGUGCCGAUCGCGCUGCCAGCGCAGGGUGUUGUGCGUUUAUGUUGUGUGAAUCCGGUUUGGGUUGCCCUGGAUCCUGUCUGCGCUGUGAGUCUGCACCUCCCUGCUGUGUCUGUGCCAGCUGUAGGUCUGUGCCCUGUGCGCGAAGCUGUGCUUCCUUGACAAGUGUGUGCCUGCUCUGAGAACGCGCGCGCCGGUGCUGCUCCUGUGAGUGCGGGCGCUGUGCCUGCACCCCCGCGGUGCGGCGGUGUGGCGGCACUGCCUCUGCGUCCGUGCACUCGCGCCGCGCGUCUGCGCCCGGCGCGCGGUGGCGGCGGGGGCCGCCUGGGGGCGGGCGCGCGGGCGGGCGGGUCGCUGCGGGGCCCCGCGGCCGCGGGCUCCAAUGGCAAGGCCGGCACGGCCCCCGUUAAUUACAUAAGCGGGACGUCAAUAAUUCGCGGGAAAACGCGAAAAAGAUGGCGCCCCGCGCCCGGGGGGCCCCUUCCUGAGCGCCCGGGCCCCUCCCUUCUCCUCCUCCCCCCUCCUCCCCGCGGCGCCCCCGCCCCGCCCCGCCCCCGCCGAGACCCCGACCCCGGCCCCACGGGCGGACACUCGGCCGGGCAGCCGCGGGCCGAGUGCUUCGGUCUCUGCCGCCGAUGCGCCUGGUGGCCAGACUCCAGGUGGGACCGGCGGACACGCAGGCUCGCGUAAGAGUGGAAACCAAUGGAGAAUCGAGCUCUGGACCCAGGGACUCGGGACUCCUAUGGUGCCACCAGCCACGUCCCCAACAAGGGGGCCCUGGCAAAAGCCAAGAACAACUUCAAAGACCUGAUGUCCAAGCUGACGGAGGGCCAGUAUGUGCUGUGCCGGUGGACCGAUGGACUGUAUUACCUCGGGAAGAUCAAGAGGGUCAGCAGUUCAAAGCAGAGCUGCCUUGUGACUUUUGAAGAUAAUUCCAAGUACUGGGUCCUGUGGAAGGACAUACAGCAUGCUGGAGUUCCCGGGGAGGAGCCCAAGUGUAACAUCUGCCUGGGGAAGACAUCAGGGCCAUUGAAUGAGAUCCUCAUCUGUGGCAAGUGUGGCCUGGGUUACCACCAGCAGUGCCACAUCCCCAUAGCAGGCAGUGCCGACCGGACUCUGCUCACACCUUGGUUCUGCCGACGGUGCAUCUUCGCGCUGGCUGUGCGGAAAGGCGGCGCGGUGAAGAAGGGCGCCAUCGCCAGGACGCUGCAGGCGGUGAAGAUGGUGCUAUCCUACCAGCCCGAGGAACUCGAGUGGGACUCGCCCCAUCGCACCAACCAGCAGCAGUGCUACUGCUAUUGCGGCGGCCCGGGAGAGUGGUAUCUGCGGAUGCUGCAGUGUUUCCGGUGCAGGCAGUGGUUCCACGAGGCCUGCACCCAGUGCCUCAACGAGCCCAUGAUGUUUGGGGACCGGUUCUACCUGUUCUUCUGCUCCGUGUGUAACCAGGGCCCAGAAUACAUCGAGAGGCUGCCCCUGCGAUGGGUGGAUGUGGUUCACCUGGCCCUCUACAACCUGGGGGUGCAGAGCAAGAAGAAGUACUUUGACUUCGAGGAGAUCCUGGCCUUUGUCAACCACCACUGGGAGCUCCUGCAGCUCGGCAAGCUCACCAGCACCCCCGUGACCGACCGAGGACCGCAUCUCCUCAACGCGCUGAACAGUUACAAAAGCCGGUUCCUCUGCGGCAAGGAGAUUAAGAAGAAGAAGUGCAUCUUUCGCCUUCGAAUCCGAGUCCCGCCCAACCCACCAGGGAAGCUGCUGCCUGACAAGGGCCUGGUGCCCCCCGAGAGUGGCACCUCCUCUGAGCUGCGUAAGAGAGGAAAGAGCAAGCCUGGUUUGUCGCCUCACGAAUUCCAGCAGCAGCAGAAAAGGCGAGUGUAUAGAAGAAAAAGAUCAAAGUUUUUGCUGGAAGAUGCGAUUCCCAGUAGCGACUUUACCUCAGCCUGGAGCACCAACCACCACCUGGCCAGCAUAUUCGACUUCACGUUGGAUGAGAUUCAGAGUUUAAAAAGUGCCAGCUCAGGCCAGACUUUCUUCUCAGACGUGGACUCCACGGAUGCUGCCAGCACCUCGGGCUCCGCCUCCACCAGCCUGUCCUAUGACUCCAGACGGACAGUGGGCAGCCGGAAGAGGAAGCUGGCGGCCACGGCGUACAUGCCACUGCGGGCAAAGCGGCGGGCAGCCGAGCUGGGGGGGCACUGCCCCUCGGACAGCGGUGCAGAGGGGGCUUCGGGCCCCGAGCGGCCAGACGAGGGCGUCGACAGCCACACGUUUGAGAGCAUCAGUGAGGACGACUCGUCCUUGUCCCACCUCAAGUCGUCCAUCACGAACUACUUCGGUGCGGCUGGGCGGUUGGCCUGUGGGGAGAAGUACCAGGUGCUGGCACGGCGGGUCACACCCGAGGGCAAGGUCCAGUACCUGGUGGAGUGGGAAGGGACCACCCCUUACUGACCAGCCCUCGGGGGGUGCCAGGAGCCCUGGGAAGCAAAGAGGGGACAGUGGGAGCCACCAGCUCCCCGGUUCUCUCCAGGGUGGGGUGGGGGAGGGAAGCAAGACGGAGCUGCAGGUGCCUGGCACAGGCCCCCUCCCCCCGCCCACCUUCCAGGCCAAGGUCUGCGCCUCGCUGCCGCGCCCAUUCUGCCCUCCGGCUGCUUCAGGCUCCUCGCCCCUUCACCUGUGUCUCUAAGGUCCCCGUGUCGCCCCACGCCCCCCACUCCCUCCGGCUGCUCACCUGUUCCUCUGAACGUGUGUCCCCUCAGCCCUGGCAUCCUUUUUCCUAAAGCCCGAGUCUGUCUUUGUCCCCAACUUUGUGUCACUUACCUCUUGACCCUUUGAGGGGGGGUUUAGACACCCUCCAACGUGCACACUGUCCCUCCCACCUGACUCACGGGGCAGCCGGUGCCCCAGGGACCACCUUGUGAGAACAGGAACCUCUGAGGAAGAAUGGGUGAAGGUGGGUCAGGAGAGCUCUCGGGCUUUUCCCUCCACUUUCCUGCCCCUCCCCCAAACCCCCAGCCCUGGAAAAGGGGGUGAGGGCAGCAGGCCUCCAUGAAAGCCUGGGUGGCGCAGCCCCUGCAACUCUCAGGAUCUGAGGCGCGAAGAGGCUGGGUCUGCACCUCAAGGUACCAGCGCCGGAGCCCACCUGUCAAGGUGCGCUCCUCAGAGUAAGGGCUGCAGUGUCCGCUUCCCAGGUCCCUGUUUCCCUUUGCUUGGCCACACCCCUCUUAGUGACCCUGGAGCUGGGCCUGGCCUUGCGGGAUUAGAGGUGGCCUUGAAAACCCGAGGCACGGGGAGAGCAUGUGGGAAGAAAGGACGGCAUUUUGUGCCAAACCUCAGACUUGUUUCCCACGCCUGCUGCCCCAGACCACCGCACAUGUAGCCAAAGGCAGGUUCCCUCACAGAUAAUAAGCUUCUGCCCUCACAUACUCUCACCCUCCAGGUGUACACACACACACACACACACACACAAACACACUCCCUCCAGUGAUAGCCUGGCUCCUGCCCUCGUCUCCCUUGCCACCCCCCACCCCGACCUCCUUCCAGGGACCACGUGCUGCAAGAAAUGUGAAAGUCCAGCCCCUGCCCCUUCCUUCAGCCCCCGAGCCAGCUCUGACCCAGCCCUGACCCCGCCGGAAAGCACAGGGACGUACCCUCCCGGCUCCUCUGCCUUGUUCCCUGCUCCGCCCUGAAAUGACAAUCACUUUUUGGGACAGGUUGGGAGUUUUAAGGGCCUGCGUCACGUAGUCCGCUCCAAGAGAAGCCCUUGUCAGUGGGGUAUAAAUAGAAUCCUUAGAGCCCACAUUAAAACUCACAUCCAUCUGGAGGGAAACCAGAAAUGGGAAGGGGGGGUCCCUCAUUUUUGCUGCUUCCAGAGAUGUUAGAAACUGACUCGACUGAAAAAUGGAAAGAAGUGCCUUGAGGGGGCGCGGCGUGGGGCAUGCACCAGAGGGGGACCGGCCCUGCCAAGUGCUGCUGGGGCCUCCGGCUUGGCUGGGAUCCGCCGGCUGCCAGCUGCAAGGCGAAGGCGGAUGAACAGUGAGGGGCUGGCAUGGGGACAGCGGGCCUGAGGAACUGGCGCCCGUUGUUGGCUGGUCCCCACCACCUGGGAGCCUUCAGGGGCUCCCAAUGAUGGUUCAGAUGCCCCUCGCCUUCAGCCUCAGCUCCUACAGUGCCUUUCUAAUGGGACCCCGCUGCCUGUGCCCAGCCCUCCCCCUUCCCUUCUCAGCCCCACAGCUGCUGCCACCAAAUCCCCCAACUGGGGCGGGGUGGAAGGGGAGCUGAGAAGGCGGCCCCCAGCCCAGCAGGGGUGUGGGGCCUGGCGUCCAUCCUGUGGCUUCCUGCCUGGCUUCAGAGAGCACCGCCGCCUCCUGGGCCUGCUCCCCAGGCUCCUGAGAAAGCACAGGACCCGCAAGGCAGUCACCGUGCAUCUGUAUCUCUCUGUGCUUGGGCUCCAGAGCGGCUCCUGGCCUGAAGCGGGGGCAGGGAAGGGUGCCUUCCCCACUUGUGGAGUGAGAGGUGAGCACGAGGCCUGGCGAGGCCGCCCAACUCGGCGCCCCUGCACUUCACUCGUACUGGAUCGUAGCUGCAUUACUGCCACCUGACAUGAUAAUCCUGUGCACCUUCUAAGUUUUAUGGUUUUGAAUUGCUGCUUUAAUAACAGUUGUUAUAUUAAAGUUUAAUUAAUGUGUCUGAUUGGCCAUUUAAAAGCUCUCUUUGAAAAGGGGCCUGUCUUCACCCCCAUGAACUGCCCGCAGUUGGGCUUCGGGAGGCGUUGGCUCGGGUUUCUGGUCUGGGUUCCCUGGAAACCGGGGAGUGGCAGGGACCACGCCCCGCCCCUGGCCACCCUGUCACUCCCACCACUGCCUAUGGAUUCUCCGGGCAGUGCCCUCACCCUUCCCACCGAGAGGAUGUGGAGACUCCACUGUGAGUACCUGACCCACAGGAGACAGUCGCUGAGGGCCACAGGGCGGUAAUAAAGGAUGGGGGUGGACUUAGAAGUUGACCCUGUGCAAACCCGUAAGCACAGGAGCUACAUGACUGGCCAGGGCGCGGAGGCACACGGCCCGGAAACCUGCGGUGCGCGUCAGACCGCGGCUCUCCUGGGUAGCAGGGGCGCCACUUCGGUCCGAGUCCUUUGGUUCGGUUCCCUUCGCUGUCACGUGGCAGAGGUAACCCCUGCUGCAUUCAGUUCCCCGGGUGCUGCGAGGGAACCCUUUCACACAGAAAUGUCAUGCCUUACGACUUUAGAUAAACGCUACAUUUCGGGCAGUUUGGAGAGAGAAAAAUAAAUGUGAAGGGGCAGG